UACCCCAUUCGGAGAGGUUUCCAAAGUUGUCUUAUUGUAUCACUAAUCACCGCUUUGACAUGGAUAUUACACCUCUUGUAAUAUUGUUGGUUGUCGCUGGUCAGAUUGAAGUCAUCCGUUGCCAUGGUUACAUGUUUGAACCUCCUGCACGUUCUAGUAUGUGGCGGCAAAACAUCGCCGGAGCCGUCGUCAACUACAACGACAACGGCUUAUUUUGCGGUGGGUUUGGGGUACUGUGGACCGUCAACAACGGUAAAUGCGGCAUUUGUGGGGACCGAUGGGACAGUCUUCCACGCGAUAACGAGGCCGGUGGAAAGUUCGCCAAGGGUAUAAUCGGACGCCGUUACACCGCCGGAAGUAGCGUCGCAGUUAAGAUAAACCUGACAGCCAAUCACAAAGGCUACUUCGAAUUCCGGUUGUGUGAAAACAAUGACGUCACCAGGCCAGCUAGCCACGAAUGCUUCGACCAACAUAUAUUAAAGAUGGCGGACGGGAGAACAAGAUAUGACCUUACCGCGGGAACUGGUGUGAAGGUCGUCCAGGUGUCACUUCCGGCUGGGGUCAGAUGUCAACAGUGCAUAUUGCAGUGGAAGUAUAAUACAGGUAACUUCUGGGGAUGCGAUGCCUCUGGGUGCGGCCUGGGUCGGGGCAGACAGGAACAGUACUACAACUGUGCCGACAUUGCCAUCGUAUAGUGGCCAUCUGGGAUAUAUCAACAUCGUAUAGUGGGCACCUGGGACAUAUCAACAUGGUAUAGUGGCCACGUGGGAUAUAUCAACAUCGUAUUGUGGCCACCUGGGAUAUAUCACCAUCGUAUAGUGGCCACGUGGGAUAUAUCAACAUCGUAUAGUGGCCACGUGGGAUAUACCAAGAUCGUAUAGUGGCCACCUGGGAUAUAUCAACAUCGUAUAGUGGCCACCUGGGAUAUAUGAAGAUCGUAUAGUGGCCACCUGGGAUAUAUCAAUAUCGUAUAGUGGCCACUUUGGGUAUAUUAACAUCGUUCUGGGACAAUCUGGAAUAUAUCAACAUCGUAUAGUGGCCACCUGGAAUAUAUCAACCUCGUACACUGAUAAUCUGUCGUAUAUCACCAUCUGUAUAGCUAAUAGUGACAAUCUGUAUAUAGUAUAUAUCAACAUCAAAUAGUGACAAUAUGGGAAUAUAUCAACAUUGUACAUUGACAAUCUGUCGUAUAUCACCACCUGUACAGCUAAUAGUGACAAUCUGUUGUAUAUAUCAACAUCAAAUAGUGUCAAUAUUGGUAUAUAUCAACAUCGUACACUGACAAUCUCUUGCAUAUAUCAACACUGAAUAAUGACAAUCUGUAGUACAUAUCAACAUGGUAUAGCGACCACUUACUGUAUAUCAACAUCGUAUAGGGACCACUUGGUACGUAUCGACACCGUAUAGUGACAGUUUGGAGUAUGUCAACAGUGAGUGAGUGAGUUUGGUAAAACGCCACUUUAUACAGUAUUUUGUUUUGUCACAUCGUGACAGCUUAAUGUUGGAGAAUAGCCCGAAGUGGUGCAGGUCAACUGCUUUGGUUGAAACAAUCUGCAGUGACUGUCUUGAUGUAUAUCGAUAUUGUACACCGGCAUUCAAGUGUAACGGCUUGAUAUGGGUGAAAGUAUUGUACAGCGAACACGUGAAAUACAUCACCAGCGUAUAGAGACUACCUGGUCAUCAUGUAUAAUAUAUAUCCAAGCUAUAUCUGAAGUUUCAUCGCGCAUAACAUCCUCAGUAAUCAAUUGUAACAUUUUUCAUCAAUUAAAUAAUUGUCUCACAAA